CAUAACCAAUAAAUGUCAUCAUUGAGUUGUUUACAACAAGUGGAGGAUAGUUUGGGGCGUUCUAAGGCAAAAUGAAUAUUUUACCGAAAAAAAGAUGGCAUGUGCGAACAAGGGAAAACAUAGCGAGAGUGCGGAGAGACGAGGCGAAAGCCAAAGAGGAGGAAACUGCUAAAGAGGAGCGAGUAAAGCUUGCGGAGAAAGAGGCCAGACGUCAGUUGUUGCUACAAAAGUCCCGAGGUGAAUUUCAAACGACAUCCUUCGUUCCGCUUGACUCUAGUGAAAAACCCUGCCAAUCGGGGCAUGUGAACUUUUUCGAAGAUCUGGAAGAGGGCCGAGCUGAACUGAAGCAAACGAAUAAGGAGCGUGAGAAGGAGGUGAAAGACGAAAAGGAGAAAUACGAGAAGCAGAUUGGCUACUUGACGUACUUGGGGCAGGACACCAAUGAAGCCUUGGGGAAGAAGAGUUGGUAUGAACAACCCCCCAAUAGAGCCCAAGAUAUAAAGGAAGUGAGCCUGAAAAGUAAACUGAGAGAGGAUCCUUUGGUGUUGAUGAAAAAAAUCGGCGAACAGCACAAGAAAGCUCGGGCAGCAGUCGUGGAGGCUCGACGCUAUUCAGAGCUGCGAAAGGAGUUCUUUGAGGAUGUGAGCAGGCAAAGCAAAAAAAGGAAAAUUCCGGAAGACAUCGUGUCCCCCUGUGCGGACAAGGAGGCGGAGAAGCAGAGAAAACUGGAGGCUCUAAGAGCGGAGAGGCUGCGGCGGGAGAAGGAGGAGCGGCGAAGGAGCGAGGAGUUGCUGGCUAAAGUGAUAGGAGGCGACGAGAAAAAGCAGCCUCCUAAGGAGAGCACGAGGCGAUACAAUGCCCAGUUCAAUCCCGAGCUGGCCAAGCAGAAUUACAGCAGGCGCUGAUACAUUUGCAAUAUUAGUAUAUGCGGUUUUUGAUUUGAUAAGGCCGCUGAAAUGGUUCGAGUAACACAUUGAUUUCUAAUAAAAUACGUUUAUUAUGGAACGAUAUACAAAGCGUUAA